UGCCGAAGAUUGAAAAAUGAAAAUUUGACUUUCAGAGCACUUGCUCGAGUUUUCCGACGUUUUUCACUAUACAGUGCGACAGCAGAUGAAAAUUUAAUAUCUUAAUUGUAUCAGCCGGUAGAGCAGGAAAGCCAUAAACCUACAUAUUCAUCUGUUCCGAUGUCAUCCAAUAAUGGUCAUAAAGCGGUAAUUUUAUCCGCUGGUAAAUGGAACCAACUGCUUAACACCGCUAGCGGAAAACCGAUUCGGCCUCAAACUGCGGCAUCAUUACACGGAGAAACGCUACCACAGAAGGAAGCCGAAUUUAAACAGUAUUUGAAGAAUGAGUCCCAGGCCAUGACAAGAAAGUGGGAGAAUACUGUGCAAAAUAUACGCGAGAAGAAGGAAGCCGAACGCCUGCGGAAGCAGCGUGAACGAGUGGAAGAGGAUGAAAAACACUAUCGUGAAUUAAAGGUUGCUGAUGAAAUCAAGCGGAACGAACUGAUUCAAAAGGCGGAGGAAAUGAUUCAAAAAGGAAAAGAAGGGCCGCGUAUUCUCGAAAGUGCAGCUAAAUUCUGCGAGGUUUUGAAAAUUCACGAACACCAACGCAUGUUCCGGGUCGAACAAGAAAAUCUUCGGGAAGCCCAACGUAAACAGCUGGACAUCCAGGAUAACGCACAAGCUAAUCGGUGGAUAAAAUCGCAAGUUGAACGACAUGUAGAAGACCGUAAGCGAUUCGAUAGCUACAAAAAGGAGUUAAAAGAGAAGAUUGAGCAUGAUCGCGAAGAACAGCAACAAAAGCGAAACUAUGUGAUAGAACAGGAGCGCAAACAGCAUCAAGCUCUCGUGGAUGAGACGGAACAGAAAUUGGACAGAGAGAAGAAGAUGCUGGAACGUAACAAAGAAAUAAGAAGACAACAUGCGCUGGAAGCAAUGAGAAUGGCACAUGACCGCGAGGAAAGAUUGAAGCGAGAAGCUCAGAUUGAAGAUACGCUGAAUCAGAUUUAUAACGAUGGUCAAAAAGCACUAGCGGAUAAACGGAAGGAGAUCCAUUUGGAAAAACAUAAAUUCCGGGACAAUUCAAUUUUACUACGCGACGUUGUCGUGAGACAACAAAAACUGAUAGAGGAUGAAAACAGGAAUUACGAAAAAGCUAUCCAAAAGAAAGAAAAGGAUGCGGAGAGAAAGGAACGAGAGGAAAAUGAAUUGAAGAAGCAAAUGAGGGCUGCUCGCAUUCAGGCACAUUUAGAGGAAGUUGAAUGGCAGAAGAGAAAAGAGAACGAUCAAGCAAUAGUGGAACGCAAAGAGAUGGCAGACCGCGUGAAGAAUAUCGAAGUAACAUUUGGUUUUGAUAAACACAAGGGAGUAGAUAAGACCACUAAAACACACGCACAACGUAAACUAUUGCUUGAUCAAAUAGACGAAAGAAGAGCUCGUGAGAAAAAGCAAGCUGACACACGUGCCGAACUACAAUACAUGCAAAAGAGCGCUGAAAAGGAAAACAGACAUUUUUUGAACUAUGCAGAUGAGCUCAUUUCAGAUGCAAAGGCAAAAGGACGGCCAGUAUUGCCGCUUUUAAAAACAGUUGAAAACUAUAAGCGGGAACAUUAUUUUGAUUUCAAAGAAAAGAAUUUCGUUCCUAAACAUCUGAUUUCUCGCGUUCCUGUAAAUAACAAGGCUGGCGAACCACAGUGUGGACAGUACAUACACGAUCCUGCCAUUAUCGAGAUGACUCCUUCCAUGCCUCCGAUUCGCGUGCGUUACGAUUCGGAGCAAUUGCGCAAUAUGAAUCCUUAUAAGAACAACAGCAACAAAUGAAUGAUAAAUCCCGAUGAUAGACAAUUUACAUACUUAUCCAAUCCAUUCUUAUGAAUUCUAGCAAUAUGUGAAGUCUGAAUUUUCAAAGCAUCCAUUCAAAUACAAUAUAAUUACAAAACGUUUGAUCAAACGAUUGUAUUUUACUGUUUUCUACAUACAAAAUAAUUU